AUGAAUAUCCCUCACCUGACCUCUGCUGUGUUGCUUUUUAUCACCUUCCUGGUGGGUGUGGUAGGGAAUGGGCUGUAUCUGUGGGUGUUGGGACUGAAGAUGAAGAGGACGGUGACCACACUCUGGUUCCUCCACCUGGUCUUCUGCUACCUGCUCUUCACCCUGCUGAUUCCCUUCUUCGCUGUCUAUGUCCUCCUGGAUUUCCACUGGGUCUUCGGCAUGGCCACUUGCAAGCUUCUCAAUGCCUUCGGUUCCAUGGGCAUGUUCUCCUCUGUUUUCCUUCUCACAUGCAUCAGUCUGGACCGCUACACCCUCACUCACCAUCCCAUCUGGUCCCGGAAUCACCGCACCCUGCCACAGGCUGGGAAGCUGGUCGUGGGUGUGUGGCUGGCCUCCUUCGGUCUCAGCACUCCCUACUUGGCUUUCCGGGAGACCCGUGAGGUGGACGGGGGCAGGAUUGCCUGCAUCAAUAAUUACAACAUCUCUGGAGACUGGAAUGGAACCAAGACGCAGGACCUGGGCAGACGGGUCCACCUGGCCAUCUUCAUUGUCCGGUUCCUGCUGGGUUUCCUGUUGCCGUUCUGCACCAUCACAGGAUGCUAUAUCCGUGUGGGGCUGAAGAUGAAGGAGAAGAAGCUGGUGUGGGCUGGGAAGCCCUUCAAAGUCAUGGUGGCCGCGAUGGUUUCCUUCUUCCUGGGCUGGCUGCCCUACCACCUCUACCACGGCUUGAAGCUCUACAAGAAGGAGAUGCCAGAGUCAGUGACAGGUGCCCUUUUGGUCAUUUACACCUUCACUUCCUGCUUUAAUGCUGCCUUUUCUCCCAUCCUUUACCUUUUUGUGGGGGAGAAGUUCUGGCAGGUCUUCAGGACGUCUCUCCUCACUCUGGUCAAAACAGCUUUUGCUGAUGAUCUUGACAUCAGUGUCCCCAGUCUAAUGGAAGACAUGGGUCAGAAGUCAAGAACACAAAAGAAGAGAUCGUCUGAAAGUACCCAGACUUUGGGAAAGUUGAACACUUGGCAUCCCCUUUCUUCCUAG